UGUGCUGCCCAUUACUCUUUUUCCAAAUUUCAGCUUUCUUUUUAUCGCUAAGUUGGUGAGGUUGGGAAAGGAUCAAAGCAGAUAAUUCGGGUCAUGAGAUUUAGAUCAAAAUCACCCCCUUCUUCUUCGGUGAUCUUCAACAAUUCACACAUAAAAUAUUGCUGAAUCACAGCUGAAUUUCUGAAUUCAAAAAUCUGGGAAACCUUAUUUAGUGGUUUGUUCAAAAGGGUCAGCAGAAGGGAUUUGUUUCUGUUGUUCUUGAUUUUCAAUUUCAAUCUUGUAGAGGAGUGUUUUGAGUGAAUCCCACCGUUCUAUUUGUCUUGUGGGACUGACCCAUCUCAUGAAGAUUCAAUCUUUACCAGUAAAAAUCAUAUCUUUUUCAUAUUUUGAGCAGUAAUAAAUAUACACACAUACAUAGAUAGAGAAAUGAAGAGAUUGUUUGGAAGCCCAGGUAGAAAAAGUGGGCUGAUUUUGAGGAUUGGGCAGUGUAUGUCAGCAGCUGUUUCAAUUGGUGUCAUGGCCUCUGCUCAUGGCUUCUCAUCUACUACUGCCUUUUGCUACUUAAUUGCAUCAAUGGGGCUUCAGGUUUUGUGGAGCUUUGGACUCAUGUGCCUAGACAUACAUGCUUUGAGGUUCAACAAAGACCUGCAUACGAACAUCAUUGUGAGCUUGUUUGUUGUCGGUGAUUGGGUGACUGCUACUCUAUCUCUUGCAGCUGCGAGCUCCUCUGCCGGUGUUAUGGUGCUCUUCGUUACGGACACAAAUAUCUGCAAAUCAGAUUUGAAUCUGUCAUGCAACAUGAUCCAAAUAUCCAUAGCUUUUGCUUUCGCGUCGUGGUUUCUUCUUGCCUUGUCUUCGUACAUCAUGUUUUGGCUUGUGGCAUCGAUCUAAACAGCAUGACCGGAUGCUCGUUGUGCCAGUGUAUAUAUACUGUCAAUUUUGAAAUGAGUUUUCGUAAGAAGCAUUUACAUUUUUCUUUUUCUUUUUUUACCAUGUCUGAACCUCAAUCCUUCCCUUAUGAAUAGGGAAGAGAUUCGUUUGUAACAUCACACAUUCAGUAAUAUCUUGGGUUCAGUUUGCGUGUGA